UUUUCUUCAAGUUACAAAGACUUCUGUGUUGAAGCAGAGCUUGAGUGGUAUUUUUCCUAGGGUUUAGGGUUUAUUGCAGGGAACAAGACUUUUGGAGCAGAGAUUGAGUGGUAUUUUCUAGGGUUUUUAGGGUUUACUUUUGGUUUACAAGAGUGAUGCCAUGUGUGGAGGUUCGAUAAUUGCUGAUUUCAUUCCCAAUCGGCGCUCUCGGCGAGUGACCGGAAACGACCCGUUUGGCUCGGCCUCGGGUUCGAUCCUUGAUUCAGAGCAAGGAUUUACGCCUACUGGGUUUCAAGGUAAAGGAGGAGGGAGAAAGAGGAAGAAUUUGUACAGAGGGAUCAGGCAGCGGCCGUGGGGUAAAUGGGCGGCAGAGAUAAGGGAUCCCAGAAAAGGCGAGAGGGUUUGGCUUGGUACCUUUAACAGUGCCGAAGAAGCUGCUAGGGCUUAUGAUGCUGCUGCUCGUGAGAUCAGGGGCAAAAAGGCUAAGCUUAAUUUCGCCACUGAGGCGCCCCCUCCGCCGGCAAAGGAUUUGAAUGAAAGGAAAGCGAGGGAAAUGGUACAGUGUCCUCCAUGGCAGUGGUAUGGCCCUGUGCAGUAUGCUGACUCGGCGUUUCAGCUGUCGACGUGUGCAACCAAACAGAGCCGCUCCUGCCAGAGUGUGCCGUUUUCCAGUACGGUCGAUGACAAUUUUAAUGCCCCCGAGAUGAGUAACCUGAUGCCACCUCAUCGUAACGCUGACGUGGAUUCUCUGUUUCGACAGGCUGGCAGCAGCUCCAGCGUGGUGUCCUUCGAGUCCAGUGGGGCAGAGGAGUCGAAAGCGGCGGAUGUUUCGGAGCUGAGAGGCCCUGUGAAGGAGGAAUUUGUAGAUUUGGAGUUCAGAAACGAAUUGAGAGCUCUCGAAUCGUAUUUAGACUUGACAGAACCCACAUAUUCUGAAGGAAGCGUUGAUUUUCAUGAAACAGGGGCGGAUCCGGAAGCGACUUGCAUAACAGAGGAGGAUUUCGUCGGGCUUUGGAGCUUUUAAUGGGGACUCCAGAUCCAUUUAAGUGCCAUCCAUUCUCUUAUCUCAGUAAUUUCUUGGUUUGCUAUGUUCACAUUCCUCCUCUCUUCUUUGAAUAGAUAUUUGGUUUGCGUUGCAUUUUGCUUUUUCCAGCUGCCCCUAAAUGCUGCUAUUGAAUCUUGUAACAGUUUUCUGCCGUUCCAAUGGGCGGGACGGUGCCAGGAAAAUUGGUUUUGAAUAUUUUUUCUUAAUAAAGCCGAUUUCAAGCUCUUUCCAGAUCUGCGGCUGAGGCGCGUGGUACCUGGAGGCUUGCAAAUUCACGGUCAGUUUCAGGGAAUCUGGAUGCUUCAUUUUAUGUGAAUCGUUUGGAUUUGGAUCAUAAUAAUCCAUGAUCUAUUGAAAAUGCUGUAAAUAUAAAGAACACAAAUUUUACACAGAUUAAUUAUUUUUUCCCAUAUCGAACAAAGCGGGUAAAAUUUACAA